AAAGCGAAGAAGCAUGUCAGUCACAGGUUGUGUUCAAAUGCCAAACGCAGUCCUCUGCUUGCAGGUAAGUGCUGCCUGGUAUCACAAAGUCACAACUCUGGAGUUGGGAGUAAUAUGUCCUUCAGGUCUUUUAUCCAACAACCACGAUGCCAAAAGGACACAAGCUAACUUUUUAUUACACUACAUCAACAGAUGAGAGGGGGUCAUUUUCUGUUGCACAACCUUGAAAUGAGCUAAACGUUGUGAUUUUUUCUGCCUGUAGGGAGGUGGAGUACACCAGAGGAUAGAGGAACACAAAGUUCAGACUGAGAACAGCUGUGCUGCUAAUGAGAAACAGCCACACAUGCACGCUUACAAGGUUUCAUUAAGAGCAGGAUUGCUUAAAAAUAAAAAUAAACUUCUGUAAUAGUUCCUUUUAUUACACGGUUCUUAAACAGAUGGAUGGACAGAUAUGGAGUACACAUAUUUUACUAUGCUUUCAUCCGUAGAAAAUCCUCACAUUUAAAUUCCAUAUUUUCCAAGAUCUCGUGGGAACAUUGUUAAUAGUGAUAAAAGAGGUCUUUUCUCAGGACUGGAUACGACCUCACUAAGUCUUUCCCACUUCUGGCCAAAUACCCAGUGAGGCUCCUUGCCAGAUGAGGCACAUCUUCAGUCUAACACCAGACAUGAUUCACUGUUUCUGUUAUGAAUGUUUCUAAGUGAAGCAACGCUGCUCCGAAGUUGAGCAACUUUCCAAACAACACUUUUUUUGCAUUCAUAAAUCACUGCGCAGUAAAAAUCGAUGUACAUGUAAUACAUUGUUCCUUGUUCCCUCUCUCUUUAGAGCUGCUAAUGAGCUGUAAAUCUCCAAAUCUUCCUUUUUACACAAACUCCUUGAUCUUUUUGUUGACCUAAAUUAUCUCGGCAUGUAUACAUUUGCUGUUGCCAAUCAUACAGAUGAGUUCCAGUUUUAUAACUCCUAAUGGUGGCUUUCCUGACACAGAUUUCAUGGCAGCUGCCUGCAGUAGGUGUGAUAGCUGCUCAGUGUUUGCUAUCAGGCUGGAAGUCAAUAAUUACCCAGAUUUUGCAGGCGAACUCCAUUCCACUGACUCCUCUUGUUUAUUUAUAGUUUCUAUGCAUAUUUUGUACAUCCAUGCACAAGGACUUCUAAACAAAUCUUAUCCUUUCUGAUAAGAACCUAAAAUGAUGAAGCAUGGGAAAAAAAAAACUUUGCUAGGCCUCAUUAGGUCCUCCCACAGAGAGGCGACCAACCCAUCUCUGGUGUGCUGUCUCAUAAUCGGUCCAGAGUUCACCUACCGCUUACAGUCAAGCUUUUCACCUUCUCCGUUCACAUCAUGCUCCCAAUACGCUUUGCAGAAUAUCCCUCUCUGCGGAGAAAAGAGGGCUGUGGAUUGAUUUGUCCGACUGAGAAGUGAUGUGGAGCGGUGGGCUGCUGUGAGAUGCCAGAUCUGAACUCACAGCUUUCAUUCAAGAUCACAGGGAUCACAAAGAGGAGCAAAGAGCUGAUUGGACGGCACAUGGAAAAUAGAUGCAUCACUAAACAAGUCUGUUAUGUCGACGGUCAUGUCCCGAUAGGAGCAUGUCAAGAAGAAGCAGGUGUUUAUAUUUAACAAUCACCUUCUCCUCUAAAAACUGCCUGGUAUUAUCAGCUGUUUUAUGACUGGCUGAGUGUAAUGACCAAACAAGCUGUUGGGGAGUAUUAAGAGCGUCAGAAUGACCUGGACUGAGGACAGGAUGCUGAACUCUUCUGGUCCAGAGGGUCCAGUGGGGAACAGCAGCAGCGUGGAGCAGAUCCUCGUCCCCAUAAUGGAUUCACUCAUUUUGAUCCUGGGAGUUACUGGACACAGCUUAGUGAUGGUGAUCUUGUGUGGACGACAGAGGAGGGGGGUGGGACACACUGGACAAACUCCCCAGGUGUCCACGAUGGGCAAGGGAACGGACAUCCUGCUGCUGGCUCUGAGCGCUGCAGAUCUGCUUCUGCUCUCCACGAUUCCCUUCUACACGGUCUCCAUAGCCAUGCAGAAGUGGCCGUUUGGGAACGUCAUGUGCCGUCUGGUGGGCUUCCUGGGAUCUGCCUGCUCGUCCGCCAGCGUCUUCACCCUGGCGGCGCUGGCCGUCUCUCGUUAUCUGACUGUGGUGAAACCCACCAGAGCAUACAGCCUGCUCAUCCCUCGCAGGGUCUCCAUGAUCGCCGUCCUCAUCUGGGUCCCAGCCUGCUCCCUCGGAGCCCCUCAGUUGGCUUUCCGCUCCGUGGGACCCCCUCGAGAAAUCACUGACGGCCUCACUUGCUUUGCCUUCCUAUCUCACGAGCAGCAGAUGAUUUAUGGACUGUUUCACUUCCUCGCAGCCUUCAUGCUUCCACUGGUCACCAUCACAGUGGCAUACGGCAGCAUCUACGUGUUCCUGUGGCGGGGCCAGCAAGCUGGCAGGGCCCCUCAAGUCGAGCGCUAUCAAAGCAAAGUGACUCAGACGACAGCCAUGCUGGUGCUGGCCUUUACUGUGUGCUGGCUGCCCUCGUAUGGACUGACGCUGGCCUUACUGGCCAAUCCAAACUCGGGGGCCACUGGGGCCACGCCGCAUUAUGGCGCCUUUAGUGUGUUUGCUCGCCUAAUGGCAACCUCUUCUACAGUGAUGAACCCUAUCCUCUACGUCCUGAUGUCCCAAAAGUUCAGACAGGAUCUGCUGAGAAUUUUCAAACGGGAACGGCAAAAAGUAAAGAACAAUGUGGUGUUGUCUGUUGUCUGACAGUAUUAAUGUAACCAACUCACUGACUGGAAAACAAACUUUAUGCUGUAAGACCUGUGAAGAAAAUGGUUGCCACUUGGCAUCGGUGACAGACUGAAACUGGAAAGCUAUGCCACUCGUUGUAAACCGGUAUUCACCCUUGAGUCGCAUUAAGAGAUCAUUGUGAAAACGGUCUUAAAAUUUGCUUUGUGUCCAGAUGGUUUACAAGAACAGUAGGAAUUGUCUAUUCCGGGGAAGAGUGGCAAGAAAUAAAGAGAUAAGAAGGCUCGACUGUUUACAAGCCUUGUAGCAGAUACAGCAAACCCGCUAAAGAAAACUGACUGCAUGUUUAGGGUCGUUGUCUGUACAGCAACACAUUGCAGCUAGAGCUAAAAGGCAUUUAUGAUCUGCAUUCAGUGGUACUUAGAUGAAAUUUUGGCAUUAAUAAUUUGCAAGAAAAAUAUUAAUGUAAUAAUUGUGUAGCAACUGAUGAGAGUGGGCCAGGAACAAAUGCUGGCAUCAACUUACGCUGUGAUUUAUUCCUUUGUAAAGUUCAAUCUCAGAUCAGCAAAUAGCAUCAAAUCUAAAUGUAUUUCUGUUUCAAGUUAGAAAAUCAAUAAAAUUUGCUAAUUAAUGCAUGUUAUUUGUUGAUCAGGAGACCUGCUAGUAGCAACACAAUGUAAUAAAUAUUUUUUCUGAGAUUUGUACUGUCAAACAGCACAGCAACUAGUUUAAUAAAGCACAGUAUGUGAUUUGUAUAAAAAGUACAAAUAAAAAGUUAUUCCUCUUCAUAUUCAGCCACGACUAAAGUGCAAAGUAGCCAUUUUGGAUUUUGACGUUGGGGUUGGUAAGAAUCCUCUGAUUUGGACUCAGAAUCUAUUAAUUUCUCCAACUUUAAAUCUUGUAAAUGUACAUGUCAGAGUAACAAUAGAACAUUAAACAUAACAUUAAGCUCCCUCUUCUGACCAAUUAUCCCAAACAAACAAAUAAGUGUUGAGCAACAAAUUAUGAAGCUUAUUUUCCUUUUGCCCCAUUGUUUUAAAUGAAAUGAGUUUGUUCAAACUGUCAAACUUUGUGUGUACUUGGGUGUUACCUACUGUAAAAUGUUUGAGAGCCAGCAAUAUAGAUCAAAGCAUAAUCAUGUGUAAAUGACCUGGUUAAAGUCCAGACUUCAACCUAGUUAACAGCCUGUGGUAAAACUUGAAAACCGAUGUUUGUAGACAGCAUUUGUUCAAUCUGAACGCAUUAUUUGGUAAAGAAAUAAAAACAAACAUUUAUUUUUUUUAUCUGUAGUGUAGAUUACAGAUAGGAGAACUGAAUUGCAUAAGACGAUCACAAGAUUUGCUGUGGGUGUGGAUGGCUUACGGGCGCAGUAGGAGAACCAAUUCUGAAUCACAUUCCAUGUUAAACAGAUUAAAGCGAAGCUACUUUGGUAAAACAUUAACAUUGCACCUGUGUUUUGUUGUGCUCAGAUAAAGUAAAUGAAGGUCUAUUUGUUUCUGGACCUCCUGUCCAUUUUGUUCUCAAAGCAUAAAUAAAAAAAUAAUUCCCCUUUCUUUUGGGUUUGGCAACAACUUGAGAAGAAAGAUUUCCUGGUUCUGUUUACAUAAGUGGGAGUUUCUGUGGAAAAUCUUGCAGCUUUGUUCUCCAGGAGGAUUUCUCAUCAGGGGGUUGACGGUUACACACAAGCCCUUUUCUAAAAUCGAAAGAAAAAGGUUGGAAAAAAAAAACACAGUUUGGCAAAUGACAGGGUUUGUAUGUUAGAGGAGAAUGUGGGAAUAAAAAAGAAAGAAGAUAAAUAGAGAAAAUAUCUGUAGAAAUAUCCUUACCCUUUGAACUUCUUCGUUUUGUACAAGGGGCAUUUGAACAGACAAUUUCUACAAAGUAUUUUGAUUCAGAGAGACUAAAUACAAAGACAUCUAUGCCGUACUUUUCAAAUUCGUAUGAGUACAAUUUAUAGUGUAUCAGUUUCUUUCUGCUUUUCAGCUAUGAACUACUUUGUGGUGGUUUAUCAUAGAGGUACCCCCCAAAAGUUUGUUUGUAAUGUUACAAAAUGCAACUUGAAAAGUAUGAAUGUUUUUAUGAGGAGACAAAAGUU